AUGGAUCCCGACCGAGCUGUAGUUGAUGAUGUAGAGAGUAAUAAACCGGCUCUCGCGCAAGGGACUGUGCUUGAGGAUAAAUUUGUUCGAGCAAAUCCGAAUGUUCAACCUCCUCCACCCCCUCCUAUUCCCCAACCUGUCCCCGUAUUUGAUGAGCUAUCUUGUACUCCUGAAGAAUGCUUGAAAUGUGUUAUAUCUUUACUAAAAGAUUCAGCAUACCGAUGGUGGAAGACACUGGUAUCUGUGGUUCCAAAAGAAAGGGUUACAUGGGAUUUCUUCCAGGAGGAAUUCAGAAAGAAGUACAUAAGCCAAUGGUUCAUUGAUAAAAAAUGUAAAGAGUUCCUCGAGUUAAAGCAGGGCCGAAUGUCUGUGGCAGAAUAUUAA